UAAGCAAUUUUUUUGGCUAAAACUAUAGCUUUCUAAGGUUGAAGCUAAGAUAAAUAACUCCAGAAUAAUGUCGUUUCCUGGUCUUCCCCGCAUAGCCCUUCCCUCUCCUCCGGCGAUUGACUUUGCCUCCAUUGAAGGCAAGCGUCUCUUCACUGAAGCUCUUGGAAAUGGAACCAUGGAAGGUUUUUUCAAGCUUAUCUCAUAUUAUCAGUCCCAAACUGAGAUCAACUAUUGUGGAGUGGGCACCCUUGCCAUGGUUCUCAACACGCUUGCUAUUGAUCCACCCAAAAAAUGGAAAGGGCGUUGGAGUUGGUACGUGGACUCAAUGUUGGAUUGUGGUGAACCCUUUUCAAAUAUUAAAAGUGAAGGGAUCUCAUUUGGCAAUUUUGUAUAUUUGGCUCACUGCAAUGGGGCACAAAUUGAAGCUUUUAGGACAAGUGAAAGCACAGUUGAUGAUUUCCGAAAAUCUGUAAUUUUAUCUACCUGUAAACAGGAUUGUCAUGUAGUCUCGUUAUAUCAUAGAACCGGUUUCAAGCAGGUGUUGUCACUUCACUCAUUCUACUUUUUUUAGCGACUAUUUUUGUUUCUAUUUCCUUCUAUGCUCCACAUAUGUAUUUCGAUAUACGGUGAAACUAUUUUAUCCAGGAUUAUGGACAAAAUAGGUUGAUCUGGACUUUUCCAUCAAGGCCACAUUUGUUAGUCUUUAAAGGUUGAUAUUCGAAUAUAUAUUAGUAAUUUUUUUUUAAUUUAAUCCAUAUAAAAGUUUGAUUUUUUUUUUUUUGAAUUUUGGAAUUUUGUUAAAUUUAUAAUAUUGUCCGUACAAAUAUAUUUUUAAAUUUUAAUGUUUAAAAUAAUCAAAGAAUUGGAAAAGAAGGGUCGAUGAUUUUAC